AUGGACGACGCGCGAGCGAAACAAGCCUUAGCCUUAGCGCAACAACAACAAGGAGGACAAGGAAUAGAUCUCACCAACGCCCCAACCUCCGCCCAAGAACAAUCGGAACGACUCAACCAAGAACAACAGUUAGAAGAUGAACGGCAAGCCUUUCUCGCAUCCGUUUUAGAACCGAACGCUCGCGAACGACUCGCGCGAGUAAAACUGGUGAAACCGUCAAAAGCGCAAGGCGUGGAACGGAUGAUUUUAAACGCCUCUCGACAAGGAAAACUCGGGAAAGUUUCCGAACAAAUGCUCAUUGAUAUGUUGAACACGGUUUCGGAAAGCGGGAUUGGAGAGAAGAAGGUUGGGAGCAUCACGUUUGAAAGGAAGAAGAGCGCGUUCGACGAGGAGGACGAGUCGGAGGACGAGUGGUAG